CCUCGCACGGGCAGCUACGUCAGGAAUACCUGCUCAAUACUAAUUCUUUGUUUGGUUGGCCAGCGCGUGGGCUUUUGUCGUCAGGCUCUCCGACACGAUUGAAGGGUAGCAGCCAACAUGCAGCUUCGUGCGCCCGUGUCCUCGGCUGCGCGUAAGGCGCAGCUGAGCACGAGCAGUCAGUCGCCGGCGCUGCCGCGCACUGUUUCGCGUGUGCCAGUGGGCCAUGCGAGCUCUAAGGUGCUGCUGCAGCAGGCCUCCCUAAGCGUCUACCGCAACCGUCGCUCGGUUGUGGCGGUCAAGGCAGUGCUGCAGGAGCCGGCUGUUGGUUCGGGUGUUGCCAAGCACCUGACCACGGCGAAGGCCGGCCAGGUGGUGCAGGUCUACCGCUAUCCCGGCCUCAGCGAGUCCACCAUCCACACCCUUUUGCGCAAGGCGCACGAGAAGGUGACAGACGCCAUCACCAAGAUUGACGGCGAGCAGUGCUACAACGUCUCGCUCACCAAGCCGCUAUCCGCCUCCGAGGCCGAGACCCUGGCAUGGCUGCUGCGCGAGACCUUCGAGCCCGAGCUGCUGUCGCCCGCCUCGCACCUGCCCGCCAGCGGCGGCAACGUGACGGUGGUGGAGGUGGGCCCUCGCGCCGCCUUCGCCACCGCCUUCUCAACCAACGGCGUCUCCAUCUGCAGCUCGGUGGGCCUGACCCAGGUGAACCGCCUGGAGCGCAGCCGCCGCUUCGUGCUGCACAGCAGCCGCCCGCUCACCGAGGCGGAGAAGGCGCGGUUCGCGGGCCUGGUGCACGACCGCAUGACGGAGGAGGUGUACCGGGCGCCCGUGCGCAGCUUCACGGAGGGGCUGCAGGCGCCCGCGCCCACCUUCACCAUCCCCCUCAUGGCCGAGGGCCGCGCCGCGCUGGAGAAGAUCAACAAGGAGAUGGGCCUGGCCUUUGACGAGUGGGACCUGGACUACUACACGGCGCUGUUCCGCGACGACAUGAAGCGCGACCCCACCAAUGUGGAGCUGUUCGACAUCGCGCAGUCCAACUCGGAGCACUCGCGCCACUGGUUCUUCCGCGGCGAGAUCAUCAUCGACGGCGUCAAGAUGGACGACACUCUGUUCAACCUGGUGAAGACGCCCUGGAAGGUCAACCCCAACAACUCAGUGGUGGCCUUCAAGGACAACUCCUCCGCCAUCCGCGGCUUCCAGGUGCAGCCGCUGCUGCCCGUGCAGCCCGGCGCUCCCUCGCCGCUGGCGCCCCAGGACCGCGACUGGGACCUGCUGCUCACAGCCGAGACGCACAACUUCCCCUGCGCCGUGGCGCCCUUCCCCGGCGCCGAGACGGGCGCGGGCGGCCGCAUGCGCGACACGCACGCCACUGGCACCGGCUCCAUCAUGGGCGCGGGCACGGCCGGCUACUGCACCGGCAACCUGCGCCUGGACGGCUACGGCCAGCCGCACGAGGACGCCUCGUUCGUGUACCCGGACAACCUGGCCAGCCCGCAGCAGAUCCUCAUCGACGCCUCCAACGGCGCCUCCGACUACGGCAACAAGUUCGGUGAGCCGCUCAUCUGCGGCUACACGCGCACCUAUGGCCAGCGCCUGCCCAACGGCGAGCGCCGCGAGUGGCUGAAGCCCAUCAUGUUCAGCGGCGGCGUGGGCCAGAUCGACCACCGCCACCUGGAGAAGAACCCGCCGCAGGUGGGCAUGCUGGUGGUGAAGAUCGGCGGUCCCGCCUACCGCAUCGGCAUGGGCGGCGGCGCGGCCUCCUCCGUGCCCUCCGGCUCCAACAAGGCCGAGCUGGACUUCAACGCCGUGCAGCGCGGUGACGCCGAGUACAGCCAGAAGCUGUGGCGUGUGGUGCGCAGCUGCGUGGAGCUGGGCGACAAGAACCCCAUCGUGCAGAUCCACGACCAGGGCGCGGGCGGCAACUGCAACGUGGUCAAGGAGAUCAUCUACCCGCUGGGCGCCAAGAUCGACGUGCGCGCGGUCAAGGUCGGCGACGAGACGCUGUCUGUGCUGGAGAUCUGGGGCGCCGAGUACCAGGAGAAUGACUGCCUGCUGAUCAAGAGCGAGCACCGCGACAUGCUGCAGUCCAUCUGCGACCGCGAGCGCUGCUUCAUGCAGGUGAUCGGCACCAUCGACGGCUCGGGCCGCGUGACGCUGGUGGACAAGAACGCGCCCGCCGACGCGCCGCCCGCCGUGGACCUGGACCUGGAGAAGGUGCUGGGCUCCAUGCCCGACAAGACCUUCCACUUCACGCGCGCCAGCGGUGACAAGCAGCUGCAGCCGCUGCAGCUGCCCGCCGGCGAGACCGCCACCGCGGCCCUGCACCGCGUGCUGCGCCUGCCGUCCGUGUGCUCCAAGCGCUUCCUCACCAACAAGGUGGACCGCCACGUGACCGGGCUGGUGGCUCAGCAGCAGUGCGUGGGCCCGCUGCAGCUGCCGCUGUCGGACGUGGCCGUGUUCGCGCAGAGCCACCAGAACACCACCGGCCUCGCCACCUCCAUCGGCGAGCAGCCCAUCAAGGGCCUCAUCGACUCCGCCGCCAUGGCCCGCCUGGCGCUGGGUGAGGCCAUGACCAACCUGGUGUGGGCGCGUGCCACCGCGCUGCAGGACAUCCGCGCCUCUGUCAACUGGAUGUACGCCGCCAAGAUGAAGAGCGAGGGCGCGGCCAUGUGGGACGCCGCCGUGUCGCUGCGCGACGCCAUGCUUGACCUGGGCGUGGCUUGCGACGGCGGCAAGGACUCGCUGUCCAUGGCUGCUGCGGCCGGCGGCGAGACCGUCAUGGCGCCCGGCAACCUGGUGGUGUCCGCCUACGUGGGCUGCCCCGACAUCACGCAGGUGGUGACUCCCGACCUGAAGCUGGGCGACGGCGGCGUGCUGGUGCACGUGGACCUGGGCGCGGGCCGCCGCCGCCUGGGAGGCAGCGCCCUGGCGCAGGCCUACAACCAGCUGGGCAACGACUGCCCCGACGUGACCUCCGCCACCCUGCGCGGCAUGUGGGAGGCCACGCAGUCGCUGCUGGCGGCCGGCCACCUGUCCGCCGGCCACGACAUCAGCGACGGCGGCAUCGUCACCACGCUGCUGGAGAUGGCCUUCGCCGGCAACUGCGGCAUCAGCGUGGACCUGCCGCUGCCCGCGCACGCCGCCGACCAGCCGCACGGCGCCAUGGGCUCGCUGUUUGCGGAGGAGCUGGGCCUGGUGCUGGAGGUGGAGGCGGGCAAGGCGCAGACCGUCCUCGACACCUACAAGCAGCACGGCGUGCCCGCCGCGCUCAUCGGCAAGGUGUCCUCGGGCAAGGGCGUGGAGGUCAAGGUGGCGGGCGCGCCCGCCGUGACCGGCGACGUGGCGGCCCUGCGCGACGUGUGGGAGGAGACGUCGUUCGUGCUGGAGCGCCUGCAGUGCGCGGAGGAGUGCGUGGCGCAGGAGCAGGCCGGCCUGAAGACCGCCAAGGCUGCCAAGUGGCACCUGCCCUUCACGCCCGCCUUCACCCCCGCGGACAAGCUCAAGGCCACCGACAAGGUGCGCGUGUGCAUCCUGCGCGAGGAGGGCUCCAACGGCGACCGCGAGAUGGCCGCCGCCGCCUUCGCCGCCGGCAUGGAGCCGUGGGACAUCACCAUGUCCGACCUCAUCAACGGCCGCGCCACCCUGGACACCUUCCAGGGCAUCAUCUUCGUGGGCGGCUUCUCCUACGCCGACACGCUGGACUCGGCCAAGGGCUGGGCGGGCACCAUCCGCUUCAACGACCGUCUGCUGUCGCAGUUCAAGGCCUUUUACAACCGCCCCGACACCUGGUCGCUGGGCAUCUGCAACGGCUGCCAGCUUAUGGCGCUGCUGGGCUGGGUGCCCGCGCCCGGCGCGGUGCAGAUCGCGGACGUGAAGCAGCCGCGCUUCGUGCACAACGCGUCGGGCCGCUUCGAGAGCCGCUGGGUGCAGGUGCGCAUCGAGAAGAGCCCGGCGGUGCUGCUGAAGGGCAUGGAGGGCAUGGUGGCGGGCGUGUGGGCGGCGCACGGCGAGGGCCAGGCGCUGUUCCCCGACGACGCCAUCAAGGCCGAGGUGCUGGCGAAGAACCUCAUCCCCGUCAAGUACGUGGACGCGGACGCCAGCCCCACCGAGGUCUACCCUGCCAACCCCAACGGCUCGCCCAUGGGCAUUGCCGGCAUGUGCUCCGAGAACGGCCGCCACCUGGCCAUGAUGCCGCACCCCGAGCGCUGCUUCCUCACGUGGCAGCUGCCCUACGUGCCCAAGGAGCUGGGCCUGGAGCCCAAGGGCGCCGGCCCCUGGCUCAAGCUGUUCCAGAACGCGCGCGAGUGGGCCGAGACGCACCGCAAGUAGACGCACACCGCGCGGCGUGUGUGUGUGUGUGUGCGGCUGCGUGCGUGCGUGUGUGUGUGUGGGCGGGGGGGCUGGAGCGUGGGCGAGGUGUGGGGUGGAGGAGGAGGAGGGGGGAGUGAGCGGGGGGCGCGCGUGUCGUGGAGCUGUCAGGGCUCGAGCAUGGGGUAGCGGGUAGAUGGACAUGACCAGGACUGGUACGUUGCGUGUCUUGGACAACAGCAACACGGAACCGUUUGGCUGCUUUGUUUGUGUUUCGUAGCGGGAGGCGGUUACGGCAUUACGGACGGUCACGACUGUGACGGGACAACAUCAGUUGGCGGAGACGCGCAACAGGCGUGUCGCUAGUAGGAAUGAAAGGUGCCGUCGUGAUCUCAAAGGAGUCUGGCAAAAAGCGUUGAUGCGGCGGGCUGCAUGUAGCCUGCUAUCGUUUGGUUCGAUCGCAUCUACUACGAGUAACAGGGGUGUCGAGCAAAAUGUUUGUUGGCCGCUGGCAGGACCGUGCGUAUACUGCACAGGGGUCAAUCGGUUGUGCGAGGGGACGAACAUAAACAAGUCUCAAGGAGGACUGGGUGUUACGGAGCUGGAAAAGCGCCAUUUCGAGGCGCUACCAACCUCUUUCUUGGCUGUGGCUUAGGGCCAAGACGUUGGAUGCUACAUUGCGCUACGAAGCAAAGGAGAGGAAGCAAGGCGGGGACGUCAUGCCCAAUGGGCAGUGUAAUGAACCCAUUGC